AGUGCUUAUGCUAAGCUAAGCUAACCUGCUGUUUAUAUUUAUCUUACAGACAGUUAUUAGCGUGGUUUUGAUCUUCUCAUCUAACUCUCUGCAAGAAUGUGAAUAAGCACAUUUCCCUACGUGUUACAUUUCUCGCCUCCUCUUGCAGGUGCUGAUGAAGCAGCAGGACGGCAUGGUCAGCGGUUUCGGCCGUCUCGGCGAGGGUCGGCAGCCGUCCACCAUCUUGCAGCGCCUCACCAUGCCCUACGUGGAUCGGCUCACCUGCAUGGAAUCCACCCAGUUGCGCAUCUCUACUCGCAUGUUCUGCGCCGGCUACGACACAAUAGCCAAGGACGCCUGCCAAGGUGACAGCGGCGGGCCGCACGUCACUCGCUACCAGAGCACCUAUUUCGUCACCGGCAUCGUGAGCUGGGGCGAAGGCUGUGCACGCAAAGGCAAAUACGGAGUCUACACCCAGGUGUCCAAGUACAUCGGCUGGAUCCAGGAAGGCAUGAAGAAGCUAAUGCCCAAAGAGAAGAGUGGCAGGAGGGCGAAGAGGCACCACGGCCCCAUCAAGAGGCUGUUUCUGUAAGACGGCGGAUUUCAUUUUUCUUCUCAAGUCCACUGAGUAGAGCCACACAUUGUUCUUCUUAUGUAAUCACUGAUUUU